AUGCUUUCAUUUUUAAUAUCACUAUUAAUGGUAAUCUUGGAAUUAAGCCUUUCUGAGGGUCGGGUCGACUAUUGCCAGCACAACUGCACCGAUUUCAAAAGUGGUAUCAAGGUAGGAAAUUAUCUUUGCAAUAACCGAUGUCGCCCCGACUUCAACUGCCACAUGGAAAAAAUGGACGUAGAUAAGCGUCAAAUGAUGGUCGACAUAAUGAACAACUUCAGAAAUGAGGAAGCAGGAAUACACAAUUUGUCCGACAUUGAUGUUGUUCGCUACGACAUGGAGCUGGAGUAUAUGGCGCAGUGUAUUAACAACCAGAUUGACAACCGAGACCAGGUCAACUGUUUACAAUUAAACAAGUCGAAAUUCCCAUUCACGGUAUCUAAACAAAAAAAUAUAUCAAAAUACGAUGAGAAUGAAUUUUUUAAGAAGGCAGAUUUAGAGGAAAGAAUACGAUUUCUCUGCAAUAAGUCUAAAGAGCCUAUAUGCGUCUAUAUCAAACCAAGUAACAAUAAAAUCGGUUGUUCUUUCAACACUAGGGUGUUCAAUCCAGGUUACAUGGUGGAGUAUACUUUCUUGUGCGCAUUUCCCGAUAAACGCAACACAACACAGUGGAAUAAUGGACCGCCGGCCUCCAAGUGUCCUCCUCGCGCACCACAACCCAACAAUAAUUAUCCAAACUUGUGCGGAGAAAUUUUGCCUGUACCUCGCAAACUUUCAGGGGCUGCGAUCUGGGUAGGACCUUCGGAUGAAGAGUACUUGGCAUAUAAGGAUGUUCCAGAUGACCUCUAUGUGGAAAAUGAAGAACCUGAACACAAUUUUAAUAAUAGUAACACCACCACCCAAAACACCACCUCAGCUUCAGCCAGUCUUUGUUUAAAACACUGCUUGUUUUUGGGUGCUAUGUUGUUAAUUAUGUACCUACCCCCGAAAAACUUAUUUCGUUACUUCACCCUUGGGUGAACUUGCAAGUAGAUUCAAUGUACUGAAUAAUAAAGUGGUUAUAAUUAG